GGAGGCAAAACGUUUUGUUUGGAGUGGCCGACUAAAAUCGUUACCACGUAUAAAUUUCGGUCGUCAAAGACAAUUACAAUCCACAAAUACUUCAAUAAAAGAGGAAGGAGUUACAGGAAGUAAUAAACAACCAGACAGACCAACAAUUUCAAUAAUAUCAGAAUUAAUUGCUGGGCAAAUGUGUCAACAACAACAAUUAUUUGAAAUUGCCACAAAAGAUCAAAAUAUUUCUUUAAAUAAAAAUCAAAUUGAAGAAAAUAGAAAAUCUUCCCUAAGUCCAAGGACAGGAAAAACACACCUUUCCCCUACAACAUUUUCAAUUAAACGAGAAAGGGAAGAAGAAACAGAAAAAUUAUCUGUAGAAGAAACAGAUGUCCGUAGAUUGUCUUUAGCUGCUUAUUUGCAACAGCUUGAUUCAACUAAUUAUUCAAAUAAAAGGAAGAUUCGUGCCACAACUCAACAACAGAUAAAUAGUAUUAAUGUAGAUAAUGUAUUAGAUUGGUGGGAUAAUAUUGAAUAA